CGUGGCCGGUGAUUGGCGGGCCGGGGGGAAGUAGCUGGCCGGCUCGUGGGCAGGCGGAGUAAAAUGGCGGCGGUGCUGGAGGUAGAGAUAGGCGGCCCCGUCGAGCGGGACGUGGAGGAGGUUGAUCUAUCACGACUGUCCCCUGAGGAGAGAUGGAGGGUCGAGCAUGCUCGGAUGCACGCCAAGCACCGUGGCCACGAGGCCAUGCAUGCCGAAAUGGUCCUCAUCCUCAUUGCCACGCUAGUGGUUGCACAGCUCCUCUUGGUACAGUGGAAACAGAGACAUCCUCGCUCCUACAAUAUGGUGACCCUCUUUCAGAUGUGGGUUGUCCCCCUUUAUUUCACAGCGAAGCUGCACUGGUGGCGAUUCCUGGUGAUCUGGGUCCUGUUCUCUGCUGUCACCGCCUUUGUCACUUUCAGAGCAACUCGUAAACCUCUUGUGCAGACGACUCCCAGGCUGGUCUAUAAAUGGUUUCUGCUGAUAUACAAAAUCAGCUAUGCCACUGGAAUUGUCGGGUACAUGGCUGUAAUGUUCACUCUUUUUGGUCUUAACUUAUUAUUCAGAAUCAAACCCGAAGAUGCAAUGGAUUUUGGUGUUUCCCUCCUGUUCUACGGCCUUUAUUACGGAGUACUUGAGAGGGACUUUGCUGAAAUGUGUGCGGAUUACAUGGCAUCAACCAUAGGGUUUUACAGCGCAUCAGGAAUGCCAACGAAGCACCUUUCUGACAGCGUCUGUGCUGUGUGUGGCCAACAGAUCUUUGUAGAUGUCAAUGAAGAAGGGAUCAUAGAGAACACGUACAGGCUUUCCUGCAAUCAUGUAUUCCACGAGUUCUGCAUCCGAGGCUGGUGCAUCGUUGGGAAGAAACAGACGUGUCCCUACUGCAAAGAGAAGGUGGAUCUCAAGAGAAUGUUCAGUAACCCCUGGGAAAGGCCCCACGUCAUGUACGGGCAGCUGCUCGACUGGCUACGCUACCUGGUGGCCUGGCAACCCGUUAUCAUUGGACUGGUACAAGGUAUCAACUACAUCCUGGGGCUGGAAUAAAUCCUGAGCAGCCAGCGAGCCGGGGACAUCACAACAGGACUUCCAUAGCCAUGGCAGAGGGCAGCAGCUGGCCAGGAAGACUUGCUUUGUAUCAUUCACCUCUCAGGAUCUUACACGCCCACAACAUGUCUCCAGGGACUAAGGGAAAGACUUUGUGCUGGCCAGCUCCCAGCAAAGCGGGUUUAUGCUGGGGCGGGGGAAGGGUAUUCUUUUUUAAAACAAUUAUUUUAAUGAGCGUAUUUAAAACUUUAUAUUGCAGAUUAAAAAGGAAAUUCAUGUUUGUCCCACUUCCCUCCUCCAGCCACCUCUCCACUUAGUUGUCUUAUUUCCCUAGAACAAAGAAAGCCAAGCUAGUUUUGGAAGCUAGCAGAGACCUCUCACAGAAACCCACAGCAGGUUGCUAAGUACUUUCCCACCUUCUCUGGCUAAAACAGAUCUCUCACCAUUUGCUCAGGUCUCUUCUUUACAGCAGUUGCUAGCGACUCUGCUGUAAGCUGGUGGCAGAGGGCUCCUGUGGCCCUUGAUCACUGUAAAAGCCAGCUGGAUUCCCCAGUAGUCAGGGCCGGAUUCUGAAAGAGUAAAUGCAGUUAACCCGAGAAGAGGCGCCUGCGGUGAGCAAAGCUCAGAACUGCGCAGCUGGAGGCAUGAGACCUAGAACUUAACAUCACAUGCCCUGUCCAAUGCAUCUACAUGCAGAACGACCUAGGAAUCCACCUGUGGUAGGCGCUGCCCAGGAGAACAGAUGCAGAGCGCCGGGCCUGUGAUUGAGGGGCUCACAAUGAAGGUGGAAUGCAGUCAGGUAGCCAACUAGAGGGAAGGGAGGGUAACAUCACAGCCUGCAGAUUACACCUGGGACAUGCAGCUGCCUCCAGUGCAUAACACUAAGGGAUGAACUAGGGCGUACUCACCUCCUGGCUUGGCGAGCCAGGUACUAAACAGAGGAAAUGAACCCGAUAGUCUGACCUCUGUUAUGGACGUAGUCUCGUGUGACAAGCCAUCUUUUUUUGCGCUCUUCCCUUUUUUGGAAUGUUCUGUGUACUUUAUCGUUUUUCUAUGGCAGUGUAUCUUCUACCCGCUGAGCAGACCUAGCCCAGUUUGGGUUGCCCCACCCACCCCAUGCCUCCAACUGUCAUCCCAAAAAGGGGAUGGCAGAACAGACUGCUGGGGCUUGUUUGCUUUUCCCCACAGCUCAGAACAGACAAACCUACUUAAGGGGUAAGUGUCAAAUUGCCCCUUUUGGGAGCUUUCCCUGAAUGUGGCUGGAGGAAAAACCCUGUUUGGUGUGUUGAAAUCCAAACACUGCCAAAGGGCGUUUAAAGAGAUGUGCUCUUUUUCUGUAGAGGGACAGCAGAACCUUGGUUCAGGUUGCCUGGGGCGCCCACUGGGGGUGACUGCCUUUUACUAUUUGGCAAGUUUAAUAAAAGACUUUCUCAAUAUAUUCUGUUCAUGUAGGGCCAGAUUAUGAUUCCUCUUCACUAGCUAACUCAGCAGUCCCUUUGAAUUCAGUGGAACCCUUUGUGGGGUAAUGCACGACUCAUCUUGAGUUGGAGGGAGUCAGACUCAGGCCCUGAUUGACAAGUUUCACUUUACCAACUUGUGACAUGUGAGUUAGAUUGUUAAAGAAUCCAUGUCUUAGUAACUGGAGAUCUUGCUGCAACACUUGACUCAGUCUCAGAUGGGGAUGAGGUGGCCAUUCCUGGUGCAUGGCACGCAGUGAGUGACUGGAGCUUGCCUUACUGUAUGCAAAUGAGCUCAUGAUUUGAAGAGAUUUCUUAAGGAAACAGUUCAAGCAUCUUCCUGCCAAACUGACUUUCUGGGAAAGCCUGGGCAUCCUCAGUGCGCAGUCCAGAAGUCAUGGUGUUGGUGGGCUUUCAUGUUAACCUCCCCAGCUCGUGAAUGGGCUUGCAAGGUCUAUCAACAAAUCUGAUGUCUGCUGGAAACAAAGCUAAAUAUACCCUUGUUUGUGGUGGUUACGAUCCCCAUCCCUCUCUAAUUUCUAUAAAGAAAUACUUAACAUCCUCCCCAAGUGUCUGAAUAAUAAGGAGCUGGGUGCAGCAGUCUGGUUGCAAUACAGCCAGAGAACUGUUCUACACAGGGAUCGGCCAGGUCUUUGGAAGCAUCUCUGGAACAAAAACUUAGACGCAUGUCAGAGAAUAGGGACGUGGACAGCCUGGAUGUAUCCCAUCUGCCUAUGCUCCACAGCCUGACUCUGCAAUUCUCCAGGCAGCAUGUGACCGCUUGUGGCAGCGUGAGGUCCUGGCGUAUUACGGUCGUUUAGGCCUUUGUGAAUGAGCUCUGCCAUCUUCCGCUUCAUCUUUACCCUGACGCAUUGGAAAAGCAUUGAUGCCCACAUGUCUUUCAGUGCCCGGAGAGUUAGAAAGUCAGUAGCCAAGGCAUGUGAAGGGCUGCACGUCUUUCUGUGCUAGAUGACUCUCAGUAGACAGCACAAUAUUCUGAUUGACCGAUGGUUCUUUGCCGCAUGGUUCCCUGGGCUAAUGAUCAUUCUCAUAAGACUGGCAGUGUCAGGAGAAGCGAAGGAUGGUGCUGGAGGACUGAGGUACAUUGGCAGAUCUAGGCAGAGGUCCCAGGAUCAGCAGAAGCAUGGUGAGCCACAAGGUUAUGGAGGUGCAGUGUCAGGGUGCUUAAGGAGAAUGCUAUACUCGGACCACUGUUACUCCUUCAUGGACACUCAAUGAACUCCAGGUUGGCUCUUAUUGUUACAUGGGCUGCAUAUUUACCUUACUCCGGGCAUGUACUGUAUAUAUCAAUAGAGCACUUCCAUGGAUGUUUGUUCUAAAAGACGUUGUGGGGGGUUUAAAACCAAAUAGUUUCUAAAUCUGCCCGUUGAACAUGAAUGUGGUGUUACUUCUGGGGGCAGGGAAACCAGGUGAAUUCAAAUUGGGGUGAGCAAAACGGUGUCCUAUCAGUGAUCAGACCUUAUGGUGUGGAAAGAAGGGAAGUCCAGGAGCAGUCGAAGCAGAUCUCCCCCUGAACAAAAGCCAUGUUUUUCCCCAACCUUUUGGUGAGCACUCUGAAGCAACAUUUAACUGUAUCUUUUAUUUGCUCUGGAAGGAAUCAGACUUGCCUGUAACCCUAUUCACGUUUGAUUUGAGGUUUUAUUUAUUAUUUUAAGUGAAACCUCAACACUGGAAAUUCUGUGCCAAAAACCAAAAUAGAGUCCUUGACAGU